AAUGCUCUCUCGUUCAUUACGUGUUAUUAGACCAUCUAUUCAAUCAGUUAGAUUGUUUUCAACUUCAAAAAUUACUUUACAACAUAAUAAAGUUGACUCUAAAACUGCAAGCAAUUUAUCUGAAGUUACCGGUCCAGAUUCUUCUUUAAUUGGUCCUGGUGCUAAGCCAGGUACUAUUCCAACUAAUGAAGAUCAAGCUACUGGUUUAGAAAGAUUUGAAAUGUUGGGUAAAUUAGAAGGUAUUGAUGUUUGGGAUAUGGAAAAUCCAAUUAAAGAAGGUACUGGUCACCCAACUGAUCCUUUCUUAGUUCCUUCUUAUCUUGGUGAACGUAUAGUUGGUUGUAAAGGUAAAGGUGAUGAAGAUCAUAAACCUUAUUGGAUGAAUGUUUCUGAAGAUAAACCAGGUAGAUGUUGGCAUUGUGGUAAUGUUUUCGCUAUUAAAUACUUGGGUUCUCCUGAACAUCACCAUCAUUAAGUUUAUUACGUCAAUUCUUAGCUCAUGUUCUCUUCUCCUUCAAUCUGUUUCAUUACUCCUUUCUAUUUUAUUUCUAAAAAGAAACAUUUCAAAAAAAUUUCCGGUCAUAUCAUAGACUCAUUGUCUCUUCCAAAUUAUAUAAAGAUUCUCUAUGAUCACAUAAUUUUAAGUUAGC